GAUUCUUUCAAGAUGUGAAGGGUAGCAAGGAAAAGUUCGCAUUCCGCAUCUCGCAUUUCUUGGGGACAGAUUUGGAACAGUGGAGCCUGAAGAAGAUUAACAGUCGAUACAAAUUAUUAGUAAUUUGUCGAACUUGUUAUAAUAAAUGACGCUAAAUCCCUUAUUCUUAUCCCCACCAAGGAUCUCGGUUCCACGAAGGGUCUCCAUUCGACUGAGCUGCAAUGGAAGUACGAUCCCUUUUCAGCCCAAGCUAUUAAAGGUGGAGGAGAUCCAACGUGAUGUCAUGUUGCUAAAUAACACUGCCGAAGUCACAUUUGUCGUCGGAGGGAUCAAAGUCCCUGUCCACAAACAUCUAUUGGUUAGAAAUAGUCCCGUAUUUGCCACCAUGUUGGGGAGCCCCUUACAGACGGGUCCAUUCAUACAAAUAACGGACGCGGAGGCAAAGGACUUUGAGCUGGUUAUGAAGGGUUUGUAUGAGGGCGCUGGCGUUAUCCUGAACCGUCCCUACAGUCAAAUCCUUCGAUGUUUCAUGAUUGCGCAUAAGUACAAUAUAAAAUCCUUAGAAAUUGGGAUGUACAAAAUUCUGCUGAAAGAAUUGUGUGCCACCAAUGUGAUGGAGGUGCUUUCCAGUCCAAUUGUUGCCUUGGGGGUGAUGGUGGAGCUGACUUCGAAAUGCUGGUCAAUUAUUGAGAAAAAGACACUCAAAUCUAUCACAUCGCCCGGAUUUCUCAAAAUUUCUUGGAAGCUUCUAAACAAAUUAUUAAUAAAUUCCCGGCUUACAAUUCGGGAGUACGAGUUGGCGAAGGCUGUCGUGGGGUGGUGCAAAAAACAGAAGGACAAUGGAAGAACAUUGAUCGAGAUAUUGGGAAUAGCCGUAUAUCAAAUCCGCUUCCCACUCAUGACGAGUGUAGAGUUUGAUCUGAUCAAGAAAAUGGGAUUGCUACAACCCGGCGAGAUUGAGGACCUGACUUCAAAUUUUCGCAAUAACAAAACUUACAAAACUGUUCCGCGGAGGAACAAGUGUGCUUGUCAAACGAACAAGGUCAACUGUCCCUUGUGUUCGGUAAAAUGGACCAGAAGACGACAAUGCGCUUCGGAGAAGAAAACCUCAACGGAAUACCCUCUCACAGUCAACUUCAAUCGCGAUAUCAGUAAAAAGGUGCGUCCCCUAAAACCGACGACGACAUCACCCAGCAGCACAACUGUUCCUCCCUGCGAAUGUCAACUAUACUUGUCCUGUCCAAAUUUCCCGAAUGGCCAAACCAUAAAAAUCAUGCGACUUGAGAAUAUAGCUUUACCCACAUAUUUUAGAUAGUCAGACAUCAUUUAAAAAGUGAGUCUAUAAAUUUGAAGUCUUCCAUAGACCUUUUUUUAAAAUACUUCUUGUCAAUCACCUACGUAUCGAUAUAGUGAAAUUAAACGGUAUAUUUUUUAUUUGUGACGAUGAUCACAUUAUGGUCGGUCAUUGUCACCUGAUUCAUAGUUAAAAAAAUACUGGUAGUGACGAUGAUUCAGUUACAUAUUUGUAUUUGAUAACUGUUCCAGCAGCCCAGCAUAGUUUUUCUGCAGGCUCUUACUUUGUAUCUCUGUCGUUCUAAUAGUUGGAGGUGUGAAGAAGACUAGAAAGUUCUCACGGGUUGGUAGACUGUUGCGAUUCCCACGACGAUUCGUCUGCGUGGUUUUUAUUAUUUGUCCAUGUCGUCCUUCUCGCCGUAAUUUCUUCCCUGCUUCUUCAUGGGAACUAUCCAGCCUGUGGUGGAGAACAUCGUCAUCAUCUAAUAGUCAAAUACAAAAGAUAGUCCUCGGAGGAGAAAUCAUGAGGAAUUCAAUCUUGUCCAAGAAGCUGUGAUCAUAUGCAAGUAAAAACACUUCUCUGUGAUGAAGACUAAACGUCAAAUUUUAGAAAUUAAUUUUAUAUAUACACUUUUUUUUACAUAGGAUAUUAAACUUCAACGAAUAUGUAUUUGCAAUAAGCGAUUUUUUUUACUUGAAGGAAAGAAAUACUCGCAGUCUGAAUUUAUUUAUUAAAUGUGAGCUAACUUAUUGAUUGCUAGGAAGGAAAGUCGGCGUGCCGUAAUAUUUUUUGCACUCGAUUUGCCCUCCCACUAAAGUAGUUAGUUUUCGUGAUUUUAAACUAGAUAUAGUUAACCUUUUGAGUUAAAGAAAUGCUAAAAAUUGAUCGCGUGAUCGGAUUUCAAUAAAUAAUAAGCCACAGUCUCAA